AAAUUUUUUUCUCUCAGUUAUUCCAGAUUUGGGCCCAAUAGGUCCUUGCAUAAAUGGAUUUGAGCUUGGAUGAUAUAAUUAAACAAAAUCCAGGGAAAUUUUCAUCAGGAAGAGGAGGUCUUCGUGGAGGUGGCAAUGCAAGGCUCAGAAGGGGUGGCCCUGGCCUUGGAAGUAGAUCUAGGACAGGGGUUGACAAAGGUCUCUCUACAAGAAAGGAUGUUAAUUCUGGGAAGAUCAUUGAUGCCAGAUCAAAGAUCAUAGCCAGGAAGAAAACCAAGAUACAAGAUGCAAGAUGUCUUCUGGGAACUGCUGGGAAGUUUGAUGAUGCUCGACAGAAGUUGGACCGUAUGCGAGAAAAGAACAGCAUUGAUCUUGCUGCUACUAAGAAUAUGGAUGCUGAAGAACUGCAAGGGCUGAUGUGUAGCACCAGUCCACAAGCAAAUGUGUUCCCUGCCCUUAUGCGGCGCACCAUUCAGAAUGUAGCUCAAUCAAGCCCAUUGUCAAAGAGGAAUCUCAAUGUUCAGGGACAGCUGGCUAGGACAAUAAAUAAUGACUCAUUCCUCUCCCCCUUAUCUGAUACAUCCUUUCUCCAGGAUGACUUUGACAUGGAAGAUAUCUUGCCAAGAGUCAAUCCUCUCAAGAUCACAAAGGUCAUUCACCAAAGUUCAGCCAUGCAAGGACCCAAGCUGGGAGUAGUUGGUAGGAUCAGUCCACUGGAGGGUUAUAAAGUCUUGGUCAAGAAUCUUCAUCCAAAUGUCAGCGAGGGUGAUGUCAAGCAAACCCAACAGGCAGCCUUGGGGAUUGCAGGUGCUGGUGCCUCAUUAUCUCAAGUGACAAUCCUGAACAUGCCGUCACAGGUACCAGCAACAGAUGCAAGACAUGGAGGAAAGACCAAGAGUGGACACUGGAUUGUUGAGAGCCUAGUUCCUCAAGCCAAUUUCCUUCAGGAAACUACAGCUGAUAUUGUCUUGACAGCAAAUAUUGAGAUUAGAGCAGUGCUUCUUAACUCCCUGUCUGUGGACCAGUGUGUGGAGCUUCACAAUUUCUUUCCUCUUUCAGAUACCAUCAAGUUUGACAUUGAGCAGAGUGGCCCACUGGUUGCUGGACCUGGAGGGAAGAGAGAUUCCAGCCUGGUUCCUAGUCUACUUGGUCAAGGUCUGCCCAAGUUGAGCAAAGAGCAACAAGAAUGUGUGUCCAAGGCCAAGAAGUAUGCUAUGGAACAAAGCAUCAAGAUGGUCCUAAUGAAGCAGACACUUGCCCAUCAGCAGCAGCAAGCAAAAUCAUUGCAGAGGCAUCAAGCGCUUGUCCUGAUGUGCAGAGUAUAUGUGGGGAGUAUCAGCUUUGAAUUGAAGGAGGACACCAUCCGCCAGGCAUUCUCACCAUUUGGGCCCAUCAAGUCCAUCAACAUGAGCUGGGAUCCUGUUACACAGAAACACAAAGGCUUUGCAUUUGUGGAGUAUGAACUGCCUGAAGCAGCACAGUUAGCUCUAGAUCAGAUGAAUGGGGUUGGUAGACCAAGCAACAUGCCCCAGGCACAAUCUGUCAUUGAUGAGAUAAUCAUAGAAGCACGUUCCUACAAUCGCAUCUACAUUGCAUCAGUUCAUCCAGAUCUAACAGAGGAGGACAUCAAGAGUGUAUUUGAGGCAUUUGGGAGGAUCAAGAGCUGCAAACUACAACAGACAACUGUUCCUGGCAAGCACAAAGGAUAUGGGUUCAUUGAGUAUGAGACAUCCCAGGCUUCUGAUGAUGCUGUUGCUUCUAUGAAUCUAUUUGAUCUUGGGGGCCAGUUUCUCAGAGUUGGGAAGGCAUGCACACCACCAAAUGCAUUGCAAGCAGCCAUACAGUAUUUUCAAGGUAGUGGUUCACAGAAUGCCCUUCCAACUGCUGCUGCUGUAGCAGCAGCUGCUGCAACUGCUAAAAUCCAAGCCAUAGAUGCAGUUGUCUCCAACACCAUGGCCAUUGCUUCCCAGACGUUGGUCCAGAGUCGCCUUCCUGUUGUGAGCCAAGUAGCAGCUGGGGGUCUUGGUGCAUCACCAUUCCUUCGUCCUGGUCUAGGAGCAAUUGGAAUGACAGCUGGUUUCCCUGCUGGUGGAGCUGGACUACUUCCCACUCCUUUGGUCUCCCCUGCCCUUGGACUGGGAGGGAUUGGAGGUGCAGCUUUAACCACUGCUCAAGUUGGACCUCCAGGGGUUGUAACUCCUACACAGCUACCUGGUGGUGGACUAGGACUCCCCCCUCCAGUUGUGAUUGCUCCUUCCUCUUUGGCUGCUCCUACCCCAGCUGAGGCCAUAGCUAAAGCACAAGCAGAAGCUAAACAGAAGCACCAAGAAGAACUAGCUAAGAAGCUGAUGGAAAAUGAAGGUCAAGAAGAAACAGGCACUCUACAAGCUCAAGAGAAUCUCUCAAUCAAAGGUCAAUCAGCCCGCAAUUUGGUCAUGCAGAAACUCCUCCGCAAGGCUGAUUCUUGUGUUGUGAUCCUGAGGAAUAUGGUGGGUCCCGAAGAUGUUGAUGACAGUCUACAGGAAGAGAUCACUGAUGAAUGCAAUCGAUUUGGUGUUGUUAGCCGAGUCAUCAUCUACCAAGAGAAACAAAGUGAAGAAGAAGAUGCAGAAGUUAUAGUCAAAAUUUUUGUUGAGUUCUCAUCUGGUCAUGAAGCAGAAAAGGCAAGAGAUGCACUCAAUGGAAGAUACUUUGGAGGUCGGCUAGUGAAGGCAGAACUUUAUGACCAAGUCUUAUUUGACCACAAUGACUUGUCUGGUUGAAUGACAAUGCAUGUUUUGUGCUCAUCUCUUCUUCCUACUCCCUUGUAACAAGGAUGAAGCCGCCAAGAGUCCCUCCUUCCAUUUUGCUUCUCAGCUGUGGUGCACUGGAGGUGUUCAUCAGAGGGAAUUGAAGGAAUUGAUGCAGACUAAGUUGUUUGAAACUUUUUCUGCUUGGUAAUGCAUUUUCAGAUACUGAAUCUAUAAAGAUUUUAAUAAUUUACAUGCAUCAUGCAUGGUACUUUUUUUUUUGCAUUAUGAGUUCUUGUGUCCUCCAGAGG